GAUAGAUCCACCCUGUUAUAAAAAGUUUAAUUUUGCUUUCAGUUAGGCAUUAAAGACGAUCAACAGCAGCAUGGAUGACGACUGUCCUGUGUGUAAGGGCCCUUUAGAGAAUCCUUCACAGCCGGUUCAAUGCUGUAGAAAAGUGUUUUGUAAGUCAUGUCUAAGACAAGCGAUUUUAACAAGACCCUGUUGUCCGUGCUGCAGGAGUCCCAUAAAUGACGCUGCUACUCUUGCAUUAGGGUCUGCCAUACCCCUCUUCGGACUGCAAGGUCGCGGUGACUUGCUUCAGACCGCAGGAAACGUUUCCCCCCGUAUACAGGCUGUCCUUGAUCGUCUUAGAGCUGAAAGUGCACAGACUUCACAGAUAACCAGCACUCCAAAUGUCAGCCUGCCCGAUCCGCUUACCUUGAACACUGCCGUACAACCUAUCAGACGUCGGCCGGUUCCCAGACCAAGGCUCCAAGGCCCAAGGCUUCUAAAUGCAGUCAGCAUCCCAGCAAACACCAGUCCUCAGUCAGAUGAUCUUGAUGCCAUGAACUGGCAGGAUGUUCAGGAUGCUGUUAUGGCAACUGGAUCUCUUUCAGGAUACAACUUGAGAACAUAUAAUUGUCCGUACUGUCAGUUAGGCAACCUGGAUGACCUGGAGCUGCGUGAUCACUGCAACAUCUACCAUCUCAGCGACAGGAGACAAAUUGUUUGCCCCGUGUGUGUGCCACUGCCUCAUGGCAACCCAACUUACUGCAGCAGGGAUUUCAUCGGUCAUCUCGACCUCCGCCACAGCUACUACAUUGAUGACAUAACUAAUGUCCACCAGACCGACCACCGGAACGUUUCCCCCCGUAUACAGGCUGUCCUCGAUCGCCUUAGAGCUGCAAGUGCACAGACUUUACAGAUAACCAGCACUCCAAAUGUCAGCCUGCCCGGUCCCCUUGCUUUGAACACUGCUGUACAACCUACAACUCGGCCGGUUCCCAGACCAAGGCUCCAAGGCCCAGGGCUUCUAAAUGCAGUCAGCAUCCCAGCAAACACCAGUCCUCAGUCAGAUGAUCUUGAUGCCAUGAACUGGCAGGAUGUUCAGGAUGCUGUUAUGGCAACCGGAUCUCUUUCAGGAUACAACUUGAGAACAUAUAAUUGUCCGUACUGUCAGUUAGGCAACCUGGAUGACCUGGAGCUGCGUGAUCACUGCAACAUCUACCAUCUCAGCGACAGGAGACAAAUUGUUUGCCCCGUGUGUGUAUCACUGCCUCAUGGCAACCCAACUUACUGCAGCAGGGAUUUCAUCGGUCAUCUCAACCUCCGCCACAGCUACUACAUUGAUGACAUAACUAAUGUCCACCAGACCGACCAUGUUAACUUGCAGGAUGCCAUACUGAGAUCACUGCGACAUACAUAAAUUCCACGUUUUCCCAUUAACUCUUUUAACCAUAGGCUUGUUUCUUUCUGUUCAUGUUCAGCAUUGAAUUUAUUGUCAUGCCAAACUCUACAGUGGUGAUUAAUGGAUGAAAGUAGACAAUAGAUUUUGUAGUUUUCCUUGAGUUUUUUAACCAAACGUACUGGGGCAAAAUACAGCAGUACAGUAGUUUUCAUAGUAAAGUUUUAAAAAAAAGAAAAGGUUUGAUUUUUUUUUUUUUACCUCAUGCAACUAUUUCUAUCUUCAAAUUAAAUGGGGACAUCGAACCCAAUGCGGCUCUCUGAUAGGUCUCAAGUGCUUGUUCAUAAGCUACUAAAAUUCUGUAAAGUUACCUAAACAGAGGUAAAAAAGAAAUGAAUAAACCUCUGUCCUGCCUCAUUUUAUAGCAGACGCUCAGAGAUAAAAUAAUUCAUUUGUUUACACCGAUUGAAGUACACCAGCAUUAAGGGAUUUAGGGAUGAAAUCCAAUAUAAGCUACGAUAACAAUUUUACUCGUCGAUUAUGUAUAAUUCACUACUCAUGUCUAAUUCUACUCAUUGUUUGAUUUUAUUAUGUUUCAUUGAUAUUAACAUGAUAAUAUGAUCCUUUCAGUUCCUUUCUUGUAAUAAUUAUUCUAUAUUCUAUUAUUGCCUAUUAUAAUUUAUUCUAAGCUCCUGGACUGCUGGAUUUUUUUUUUUUAAUUAUUAUUAUAUCACACUUGCUUAUACAAAUAUAAUAUAUACGUUUGCACAUUUAGCAGUAAUUGAUCUUCCUGUUGGUUUUAAUAUGCAGUACUCCAUAAACUCCUUUUAAGACCUGUGUUUUUAAAUGUGUACAAUAAAAGAGAUUGAAGAACAA